CUCUGUGUUCUUUAUUGUUUAUACACCAAGGGCCAAACGACAUAUUGCACAUCAUCAUCGAAAUAUAUGUCAGACUUAUCGGCGCAACUUUCUGCAUUCAAGAACAAGAUCAAGAGUGGACCUUCGGUAACGGCUGCUCGUAAGCCAGUUCUUAACAAGGUACCUUCCCCCAUAUCGAGUCCUGUUAAGAAAAAUGGCGAUACAUCAAACGGAGUAGUCAAACGAAGUGGUGCCAGCUCAUCUGAUUCUAUGACAGAAGUUUUAAAACGGCAAAAGUUAUCUUCAAAUUCCAUUGGAGAAAUGUCAGGUUCACAUUUAUCCACUCAGUUACAUUUAGCUGUGGAAUUCAUUAAAGAGCAUGAUGCUCCUGUUCCAGUAUCUAAAUUGCAAAACUAUUUGUCGUUUGAUAUAACCCACACCUUAUUGCCAUUACUUCGGGAGAUUGAUAGAGUAAAAUAUGACGCUAAUAAUGGCACUUUAGAGUACGUAUCAUUACAUAAUAUUAGAAGCGCAGAUGACUUGUUAGAAUUCCUAAGACGACAGACCACGUUUAAAGGAACCUCAGUAAAGGAGUUGAAGGAUGGUUGGGCUGGGUGCUUGACUGCCAUCAAUGAAUUAGAGGCGGAAAACAAGAUUUUGGUUUUACGGAAUAAAAAGGAAAAUGCCCCUAGAUUAGUAUGGGCCAAUGCAGGCGGGGAAUUGGGUACAAUCGAGAACGAGUUUAAAGAUAUGUGGGUUAAGGUUAAACUUCCUGAGCCCGAUGCUUUAUACCAGGCUUUAUUAGAUCAAGGAUUAAAACCAACAGGUGCUGAUCCUAAUUUGAUCAAGAAGAAGCCACAACAGCAAGAAAAGAAGCAGAAGAAGGCAAGAAGAGGAAGAAUUACAAAUGUUCAUAUGAAGGGAAUCUUGAAGGAUUACUCUCAGUUAGUGUAGACACGUUUGCAAUUCUCAGAUUGCUAAAGAUAUAUUUUUAUAUAUUUUCAAAUGAGGGAACUUCUUAGUUGAAGUAUACCUUGUUUGAGACGGAGGAGAGGUGAUUUCUAUUCAUAUAAACUAACACAGGUAUAUACAAGAUAAUACAAUAAUGAGGAACUGAUU